AUGGAGCUGAGCUGCUCUGCCGUGCCGAGUGAAGCGGCCCACUUGACACAAAGCGGGACACAACGACAACGUAUCCGGCAAGCCUGUAAGCAAUGUCACUUGCUGAAGGCAAAAUGCUCCGGCUCAACACCUGCCUGUGAGCGGUGCUGUAAGAAGGGCAUCCCAUGCCAAUAUGCAGUACCUAAACCUCCCCCGAAGACGCGAAAGAGGCGAAGAGCGGUUCCGUUAUGUGAAGACACUCAAGCAAGCCCGCUGUCGUCUCCACUAGAGACUCCUCAAGAAGACUCCCAGCGCCGUUUGUCCAGCAAUGUACAAUCUGCGAUCUCGCCGAAAGUAAAUAAUACCCACACCGAUCCCCAUCACAAGAAUGAUUACGCCUGCAAAGAGCUUGGGUUGGAGAAGACCAUCAUCCGACUCUAUAUCGACGCAUACUUCGAGCACGUCGCCGUUCUCUGUGAGAAUGGUUUCAUCCAUCGCGCCUUGUUGCUGCGUGCCUGGACGAGUGGAGCAGUUGACCCAGCCUUGCUGAAAGCGAUGUGCAGCGCGUCGGCAGAUUACGUGCCUGCAAGCAUGUCUGCAUCCACAAGAAGGGAAAGCUGGCUUCUUGAGGCUGAGUCGUAUAUAUGGUCAAAUAUUGGACGGCCAUCCAUCGCAGUUCUUCAAGUGCUGGUAAUCGUGAUUUCCCAGAAAUUUGCACUAUCUCGUUUCCUGGCCUUGCAGCCUUUUCUCGGAAUCGCAGCGAAGAUGGCUUUUCUGCUCAGACUCAACCAUGAGAACAGCAAGCUUUCUAUCACUGCUCGGGAGAUUCGUCGUCGUAUUAUGUGGUCUAUCUUCAUCUUGGAAAGGCGACUUGCGGGUGGCCAAGUGGAUCUGGUAACAUGUACUCACAAUCUGAUGCAUAUACAACUUCCUUCAAACGAGAAGGAGUUUGAGCUAGGAAUUCCGGGUAGAACUGGGCUCCUUGUUCCUUUGGAUAUUGACAAAGAGAGCUCAAACAUGGGGACUAGGGCAUACUUUUGCAGACUUUCAAGUAUCCGUCAUGAGAUUCUCCAGCAAGUGAAACCACGAGUCAUCUCGGAAGGCGCCCGGGCAGAUGACACUCGCGGUGAUCUACUUCAGUUGGAAUCCGACUUGUUGAAUCUGAAAACUUCGUUACCCGCAUCUCUGGCGUUGAAUGAACGCAACUUGAGCCUGCGCGCUUACUCACCACACAUGCGGCGGUAUUUUAUGCUGCAUGCUCAAUGGCACCAAUGCCACUGUGACUUGUAUAGGUUCCUGAUAACUGGGCUGCGGGAUUCCCUGCCAGAUGAAGCUUUUAAGCAGACGUCAACUGAGUAUGCAACGUACUGUCAAUUGCGGGCCGUUAACCACGCGAAAUCACUCGUUGAUUUACUUCAAAUGGCAGGAAAGUUUGGCGAUGAAACGCUGCAGGACCCUGGGAUCAAGAUUUUUGUGUAUCAAUGCACGAGGAUCCUGAUACGAGCUUUCGACAUUGGGCUGUUGGAAACUCAGUCAGCAGCACUGGAAACACUUCAUAAACUCAAGGACGCAGCUGACGUUCUGACCCCUCUUAUUGCAAUGGACGAAUCCACUCGCCAGCUGUACAAUGGAAUCCAAAAAUUGAUUCACACUGCGGUCGCGCGGGCUUCGGAUCCCGAUACAAUGACCCCGGAUUCAGAGGCGGAGCAAAUUUUAGACACCAACAUACUCGACAUUUUAGCUCGAGUUCGACAGAAUGACCUUGAGAAAGGCGAGGAAGUGCUUCAGCACUAUCCCCAAAGCCCUCCCGUGACGGCGACGGCGUCUAGUCAGCUUGGUCCCGCAGGCACAGAAGCAGGAAAUGAUGACAAUAAAGCAUCUCCGGCGGAAAGCCCAGCCAGAAGAGAAGAUUUUGGAGACCAAUCAUGGUAUACAGGACUCGAGACCGAAGAAGUACUUGGAUCUGGGUCCUUUACAAACAUACUCGAUGAAUUUGGGGAAUCAAUGCUCGGGUUUCAGUUCCAGGAUGUUGAGCAGUUAUACGAUGGAUACUUGUGA